UUUCCUGUUGGUAGUACUAAUUUAGAACUUGCAGAUUUGAGCUGCCUGAAUUGGCUAGACAGCUGUAAUCGCACUCCUCCUAGUCUUAAUCUCUUUAUCUGGGCAGCAGCUGCCAUAUGGCCUCAGUCAGCUGGAUCAGAUGUUUAUAAGCCUCCUUCUCCGUCCCUCUCUGUCCUCGGAGCCUCCUAAUUUGAUCGUUGCUACCUUGCGAGCUGUCCUACAAUCUUUAUUUUUAGCCAUCUUAAGGAUUAGGAUUGAUGUAGACUACAGGGCACUUAAAGUGAUUGUAUUGUAAAUCUGCUUCGGGCUUCUUCUUUGGGGAGGUUGUUCCAUUUCUCUAAAGAUUUGGGGAGGAGAUAGAGGAGGAGGAGGGGUUGGCUUGGGGUUGGCUGUCCCAAGUCCUCCCCACCAAAACCCCUCAUUAACCAAGGUCUGAGCGUUGUUUAAGGGGGGGUUGGCUUGGUAUCCCAAUCAGAUUUAAAUGAAGAUUCAAAUGAGUUUAUUUAUGCUUGCUGGUUGAACAUGGUGCCCAUGAUGCAUUUUUUGAGAAGGGAGCAGUCUCCACGGGUAACAGGUUAUGAAGACAGCAUGGAGUUUCCGGACCACAGCAGACAUUUACUACAGUGUCUGAGCGAGCAGAGGCACCAGGGCUUCCUGUGCGACUCCACCGUCCUGGUGGGCGAUGCCCAGUUCCGUGCCCACCGUGCCGUGCUGGCCUCGUGCAGCAUGUACUUCCAUCUCUUCUACAAGGACCAGCUGGACAAGCGGGACGUGGUGCAUCUAAACAGUGACAUUGUAACGGCACCAGCGUUCGCACUGCUCCUCGAGUUUAUGUACGAGGGCAAGCUGCAAUUCAAGUCCCUGCCCGUGGAGGACGUACUGGCUGCCGCCAGCUAUCUGCACAUGUAUGACAUCGUCAAGGUGUGCAAAAAGAAGCUGAAACACAAGGCCACGGCCGAGGCGGACAGCACCCGGCGCGAGGAGGACGCCUCCAGCUGUUCGGACCGAGCUGAGAGCCUCUCGGAGGGCGGCAGCGCCAACCUGCUGGCCAGCGACGACGACGAGGACGAGAGCAAGAGGGACAGCCAGUGCCCGCCAGAGCCGGCCAGGAUAUGGGCACGCCUGGCAUCGGAGCGCGCGGCCAGCCCCGGAGAGGCCGAGGCACAUGGCAAGUCGCCUGCUGCUGCCGCUGCAAGUCCCAGCAGCUCUACAGGUUCGCUCUGCCCAACUGGUGACUGUGCACUCGACCUGUCUGUAAAAUCAGGCAUGAGCGCCACUUCAGGUGAAGCCAGGAACCCGUAUUUGUGUGGUUCGGCGACUCCAGACAGUCUACACAGCGCUCUGGUGCAAGUGAAAGUGGAGAAAGACACGGGCUCAGACGAUGAUGAGCUGCCCAGCACUGAGUACGAGAUGGAACACAGCGGCUUGAAGGAGGAAACGGCAAAUGCUAACGGCCUGCACGUUGUGCACAAUGGACACAGUGUCCAGCGGCUAGGACUCGGCCUGGAGGCCCACCUGACAGCACUGCGAGAGGCCUCUCUGGAGCGUGACAGCAAGGACGAGGGAGAUGGCGAGGGGCUAGGUGGUGAGACCGAGCGGGCACAGGAGAGCCCGCUGCUGCCAUACGUGUCGGGCAUGUUGGGUGCGGCGCACGCGCAGAUCUUCAUGUGCCCCCUGUGCAACAAGGUGUUCCCGAGUCCGCACGUGCUGCAGAUCCACUUGAGCACGCACUUCCGUGAGCAAGAAGGUGCACGCACUAAACCCACUACCGGCGAUGUCAACGUGCCCACAUGCUCCAUCUGUGGCAAGACGUUCUCGUGCAUGUACACGCUGAAGCGGCACGAGCGGACACACUCGGGCGAGAAGCCCUACACGUGCACCACGUGCGGCAAGAGCUUCCAAUACUCGCACAACCUGAGCCGGCAUGCCGUGGUGCACACACGCGAGAAGCCCCACGCCUGCAAGUGGUGCGAGCGGCGCUUCACGCAGUCCGGAGACCUGUACCGUCACAUCCGCAAGUUCCACUGCGAACUCGUCAACUCGCUCUCGGUGAAGAGCGAAGCGCUCAGCCUUCCCACUCUCCGAGACUGGCCACUCGAGGAUAGCUCGCAAGAACUGUGGAAAUGAAAGCAAACGAAUAAACAAACGAAACUGCUUUUUAGGUUCAGACAGAGCGAGCAAGAGAGGCAGAGAGGUAAGGAAGUAGGGAGGCAGGGAGAUGGUCGAAAGGUCUGCAUCAGUCAUGUUUCUUAUAAAUACAUUGCUUAUCUCGUUAAAUUGCACUUUACUAGCACAUGAAAAUGUUACUACUGAUUUGUUUUCUGGUCAAUUUAGUUGUGCCGUAUUUUUUUUGUUGUUGUUGUUUUUGUUUUUAUUUGUUUUUCCUUUUCUUUUAUUAAACUUGGGUGAUUGUUACAGCCGUCACCUUCGACGUAAAAUGUGCAAAUCUAGAUUUGACAGUGUAUAUACCUACACUUGUACACUCCUUGGUUUUUAUUUAACAUCCAUGCCAUGAGAACGCAUAUGAAGAUUUCAGGUAACACACUGAGGAAGUUCAAAACAUUACACUAAACGGGUACUACGAUCCUAUAUUGACCUGUACACAUAAAGCUCAUUUAUGAGUAUGUGUAUAUAUUGUGCACUACUACUAUACAUUUAUUUUGCAAAUCUCAUACUGGUGUGUGAGAGUGGCUGCGUGCACACGUGUGUGUGUGUGUGUGUGUGUGUGUGUUUGUGUGUGUGUGUGUGCGUGCGCGCGCGCGUCCAUGCACGUAAACACAGUAUGCUAACGAGUAAGUCCUUUAAAUCCUGCGAGGAUGUUUGCUCAAAAAAGCUCCAAGCUUGUGUUAUUUAGGCUCUUGUACGUACGUACGUUUAUUUGUUUGUUUGUUUGUUUGUUUUUCGUUUUUUUUGAUUUGUGAUAGGAAACCUGACUGAUAGAAGACAAAAGGCACUCAUGCAAUGUACAGCCUCCUUUUUCAUAUCAACUGACACGUUUUUAUAUCAUUUAACGAUUGGGCUGAUGAGUUGACGUCUAAUUUAUUUGCAGACCCUCAACACUUGUUUUCUGCUGAGAAUGGGUUUUCAUUUGCUGCGUUUCUAGAGAUUUCUGUAGUGUUUUAAGAAAUGAUUUGGUUUGUUUUUCCCAAAAAAAAAAAACCCAACAAAAAAAAAAAAACAACUUGGGAUCUGUUGUUGCAUGAUGUCCAACCUGUAUAUUUAAGAAGAUGUGAAUUGCUGUAUUGCUGUACACUGUAAUAGACCGAGUCAUUACAGUCAGGGCACCCGUCUGUUUAAAUAAAAAAAAUAUAUAUCUAUAUAUAUAUAUUAUAUAUUUACCUUAAUAUUACAGCUGUAGAAAUUGCAUGAAUUUUAUUUAACUCUUAUUUCUGUUGUUUUGCAUUGGAAAGUGUAUUUUUAAUUAACUCAUUUGCUUCCUAAGUAGUCUUUUUUUUCUUCUUCUUCUUCUUUUCCUCUUCUUCUUCUUCUUCUUCUUCUUUUCUUUUUAUUAUUAUAUAAACUCUCACUAGAGAGUGACUCCUGUUAAGAUGUUCUACUGGGCUGUGAAGAUUGUGUUAAUGCACUGAUGUUAGGCUGCAGAUUGUCUCUGGCCAACCGAUCUCGAGUGUGUAGCAUGGAGCUGGGUGUCAGCAGAGGCUUCAUCUCUCUGAACGUCUUUUUCCAAAGCUAGUGCCGCUCCUGCUUAGCACCUCCUCACACACUGCUGUUCUCCACUGCUGGUCUCCAACUGCUGUCUCCGUGUCAUGUUUACUCGCUGUUAGCAUUUAAAAAGUGUCGCCUUUUUUUUGUUUGUUUGUUUGUAAUUUAUUUAUUUAUCUGUUCGAUUGGCACUUGCAUCAAAUUCUGUGGCCACGAAGAUUCAGUUGCCAUGAAAACCCAUAUGACAGCGUGUCAGUUCCUGUAAAGAUGGGCUCAGCAGAUCUACUGUGUAUGGCGAACACUGAAGAAUCAGCAAAUAGCAUAAAGCUCCGAGCGCUGAGAGUGUGGGCGUGUGUGUGUGUGUGUGUGUGUGUGUGUGUGUGUGUGUGUGUGUGUUUGUAUAGUUCCUAUUUAACAGGAGAAAAUGUUUGCCAUGCUUGGUUGCACCUUUAAAAACAAACAAAAAAAAAAACGAAAUUAGAUGCUGAAAUGAUGCCUUUAAGAUUUUAACUCCUGAUCAAAUUGACAUUGUUACACAAAUACCAGAGCUAUAAAUGCUAGAUUAUUGAAGAAUAAAAUAGUUACACUGCUGUAGAUUGAUUUUUUUUUUUCAACUUGUGUUUUUUUUUUUUUUUUUUUUUUUUUUUUUUUUUUUGAGAAUAUAUUUCUUUUUCUUUCUUUUUUUUUUUGGUUUUGUAUAAAUUAACAUCAAGCUGUCAUUUUCUUACUGAAUGUGGAAAAAUUGAACAAAAAGCUCAAGAUAUUAUUUGUUAGUUAAAAAAAACAAACAAACCCAGAAAAGACAAAAAAAAGAAUAAAUAAUGAAAAGCUAAAUUUGGAAAAGUGCUGUUGGAGCCUCGGACACUAACACUCGAGCAGGAGUGAAGUUUAAGCGAGAAGGAGGAGGAGGAGAAGAAGAGAGGACGAGAGUGGAGCGCUCGCGUGCCUCUAUGGCCUCAAGGGCCCUGAGCUUCCUAGUAUACAAUAGGUUUUGUGCAACAGCUAGCGAAAAAGGGUUAAGAUUUGCCAAUAGCACGCGCUCCUCGUGCCGUUUUGCACGGUGGUACUUUUACCUUUUGCACUCUAAAAUGUGAAAGAAAAGAAAUUUAUCAACUGUGGGGUGGGAUGGGAUUGGGGGGGGGGGGUGUUUUCCUGAGAGUUUUUUUUUUUUUUUUUUUUUCCCUGCUUUUGUUUUAUGCUGGCUUCUACUAUCGUACUUGACCGCCUUAAACUACUGUUAACAGCCUACUGAUGCUCAGAGCGGGAGAACUGGAACUGGCAAGUUACUGGAUGUAUUUUUAUUUCACUUCUGUUCACUGGCAAUGAAGCUGUGAAACGGAAUACGAAGCAUGUCCACAAAACAGAUGAACCUUUAGUUUACUUGAAAACUGGAAACAGCCAGCGUGAAGAAGAACAACAAAAUUUAAACCCGAGUGCGUAGGAGGCGGGAGAGAAUAAAAAUAAAGUUAUGUCAAAAAAAAAAAACUUAAAAAAAAAAAAAAAGGACAAUCGCGUUCUAAAAAAAAAAAAGAGGCAGAUUGACUUCACAUGUAUUUGCUUCCCUUUUGAGAUUUUGGUAUGUUCACAUUGUUCUUUUUAUGGAGUUAGACAGUUAGCUUUGACAAUCAUAGUAUGUUUCAUUUUCUCAAGGGAAGUAAAUUAUGAGGCUGUUUAGUUUUGUACUUUUUGGUGUGCUGUUGGUGAAAUUUUUAAAUUGUGUGCAAACUGCAAUAAAUUAUAAGUACCUUCA